GAAGAGUUCGAAAUUAGUCAUUCGAAGUACGAGCUAUUAUUGUGUAGUGUACAUUUAACACAGUUUCAUGUAUUGAACACGACAAAUUUAUAUUUUCUGACAGCUGAUGGCCUGGACUUUGGGCGAAUAUGACGAAUCCGACGUAUAGUAACCACGUGACAAACACGUGUAGUUGUUUCGAGGUUUGUUUUGACCUCGUAUUUACGAUGUUUUCCGCACGUUUUAUGCAGAAAUUUGAUCGGAAGAGCAUUUUACUAUUUUCAGAGAUAAGUUUAUUUCGUUUAGAGCGGUGUAUGAAUUAUUCGCUAAACGAUGCUCCAGUUAUUACGGUCCCUGCUUAUAUGAAAACAAAAUUAAAAGCUUUAAAGAAGAAAACAGAAUUACAGAAAAUAGAGGAGAUUCGUAAGAAAAGCAGAGGAGGAAACAGGAGUUUUCCUAUUAUUCAAUGCAAGCGGUCGGAAUUUAACCAUUACUUAGGCCAAAUAUAUGAUAAAUACGAAGCUAUCGCUUUAGCUUCUAAAGGUUGGAAACAUAGAAAAUCUGUAGGAGAUUAUUUUACAAUAAAUGGAUAUGGAGAAAAUCCAUCUAUAUAUAACGAAAACUUUGAUGAGGAAAAUAAUUUUGAAUUAUUAAAAUUACAACAGUGUAUUUUGAAAAAACUCAAAGAAUUAAAUUUUCACAACCCAACUGUUAUACAGAGACUUUCGAUACCAAAGAUAUUGGAAUAUAAACACGUGCAAAUUUCUGCAGAAACAGGAAGUGGAAAGACAAUUGCUUACUUGGCUCCAAUUUUGCAUCAUUUAAUUGAAUUACAAAAAUAUCAACAGGCUGAAAUACCAUCUAAUUGUCCUUUAGCACUAAUAUUAGUACCUUCCAAAGAACUAGCAGAGCAAAUUGGAAAUGUAGCAAGACAACUUUCAGAUGUUAUUAAUGUGAAAGUAAUAGUUGGAGGAAAAUUUCAUCAGAAUAAGCCUGAUGAUUUUCAUAGUGAAAUAAUUGUUUCAACAAUAGGUAUUUUUGAAAAAUUGGUUAAUAGAAGAGUGUAUGAUUUAUCAUAUGUACGACAUAUUGUUAUUGAUGAAGCUGACACUUUAUUGGAUGAUAGUUUUAAUUACACUCUGAAAAAUUUCCUGAAAAAAGUUAAUAUUCAAGUCACAGUUCCUACUCAUCCAUUAGAAAUGACAGGAGCCCAACUAAUUUUAUGUAGUGCAACAUUCCCUAGAAAUAUUGAUGAGGUGUUAUCAACAUUUAUUGAUGUGUCAUAUAUUGAAAGUGUGAAAACAGAUCAUUUACAUAGACUAAUUCCACAUAUUCCACAAAAAUUUAUCAGAGUUAAAGGAUCUGAACGAACAGGUCCUCUUGUAGAAUUAGUGAAAAAGGAUUUGAGAAAGAAUGAUCCAGUAAUGAUAUUUUGUAACAAAACAUGCACCAAUGUUUGGAUGAGUUUCUUUCUUAAUGAUUUAAAUGUACCUAAUAUAUGUCUAAAUGGAGAAAUGGAAUUAAAGGAAAGAGAUGGUCAAUUUAGAAAAUUUCAAAAUGGUGAAUGCAAUGUGAUUACUUGCACAGACAUUGCAUCUCGUGGAUUGGAUACAAUUCGGGUAAAGCAUAUCAUCAAUUUUGAUUUUCCAUUGCACAUGUCAGAUUAUAUACACCGAAUUGGACGAACAGGAAGAUUAGGAAGUCCUAAAGAUUCUCAUGUCACAAAUUUUAUCUGCACUCCUUAUAAUGUUGAUCUUGUAAAUAGUAUUGAACUUGCAGUGCGAAGAUGUUAUGUCUUACCACAAGUUGAUGCCAAUAUAACUGGAAAAUUCAAUGUAAUGUAUGGAGAUAGAUUAGAAACUGAUAUAAAUAAAUAA